AGUCUCUCUCUUAUCACUUCUACACAUUAGAAGCAUCUUGCACUGAAGGGGAAGUAACUGUAUCAAUAACAGAAUGUUCAGCAAAACCUCAGUCACUGUUCUCUCACUCAUCGUUCUGUGUCUUGUAUUUACAGACGCUCUCCCUCGCCUAACGAAACAGAGACGGUGCAAAUGCAUUCGCUUAAUGGACUCAUUGCCAGAAAACACGAAAGUCACCAACAUUAAAGUUUUCUUUAAGCAACCUUUUUGUUCAAACAUUGAAAUCAUUGUCAAUUUGGAAAAAGGGGGAAGAGCUUGCUUGAACCCCAAUGCUGCAGCAGGGCAGGCAAUUGUUGCUUCUAUGAGAAGAAAAGGAAAACAUUGAACAACCUCUCUACCAAACAAUGGAUCGUGUUGCUGUCUGAACAGGACUAUGAUGCACACAUUUAAAAUUCACCUCUGCAUCAUUAGUGAAGCAAAGCUUUUUUAUCUGCUUUAAAUUUUCUUAACACAUUUAAUAAACUGCAAUGUCUGCAGUAAAAAGGCAGAGUAAUCUCUGUCAGCUUAUCAUUUCAUAUGUGGAGCUGUAAUGAAGAUUAACCCAGUUUCUAGUCCCAUUUUUAAAACUUUAUCAUUUGAGGUUCCAUAAUUGAACCGAUACUGAUUAUAAAACAAAUAAGCUAUUAUUGAUUAUGAGCAACUAGUGAUGCUUUUAAAUGAGAUCAAUUUAUCUGCUAUUUAUGUAAGCAAAUAAAUGAUGCAAAGUCCAGAAUUGUUGUAAUGUUUCUCUAUAUUAAAGGCUGCAAUUAUAAUAUUGACAAUCGUUUG